AAGCUUCUUCAAUCCUUCUUUCUUCUGAGUGAAUCUGAGGAACGACAAGCGAUCGUUGUACUAGUACAUGUCACUGGUCUGUUGCAAUGACCGGCGCAUGGCAAAUCGUUGGGUUAUGUCUCCGAGCAUCAAGUCUGUUUAGAGUGUUGGACGCCGAGCAUGUGCGGUAUGUCCCACUGAUGCUAUCUAUAAUAUUAGAUCUCUCACCCUUCCGCAGAUCGAGUCCAUAUGAUUUCCGCGGACAGUUAAUACUAAAUGGGUCAAGAACUAGGCUAAAAUCAAUUUUGGUUGCAACGGGACUUCUGCGGACUCUCCGUUCUUCUGAGUUUCCUUGCUUGCAACAGAAACUUCUGUGGCCUCCUUUUUUACUAUUGAAUUUGGUUCAGAGGCCUUAACUGUCUACAUCUUCGGAAAUAAGUGCCUGAAGCAACUCUCGCCGAGUUUCCGUCUGUUUCCGCACAUAGUGUUUCGGGAUCUGUCCCUCGUCCCCGCGGAUCCGUGUGCAAGGGAUGGUACUCGUGUGUGUAUGUAUCAAGUCGCCGAUGGGUUCACGUAGCGCCGUAUUUCC